AAAGUAAUGGUCUACACAAACCUUUGGAUUGCAAUCAGCCACAAGUGCCUAGGUUUACCAAUAGGGGUGAGGCAAUCUCACCCAAUCCAAACUCCAUCCACAAUCUUUUAUCCCCAUUCAACAUCCUUCAACAUCAUCACUCUUCGUCAAACAUCCUCAAUCUCAUAAAACCAAAUUACUCUUUAAGCCUCAACCAUUUUUUCCGUCUCUUCGGUUUUCAUUUUUUUGCGAUAUUUUGGGCUCAAUGGCAGCCAUGAACUCUGGUGUUUUGGCCUGCAGCUAUGCCAUUUCUGGCGCUGCGGUAUCCACUGACCUCAAUUCAAAGUUUGCUUCAAUGCCUUCUGGGGCAUCUCCAAACCUCAACAAGCUGCCUGUGAUCAGGGCUCAAAUGGCUUCUGCGCCAAAACGACCAAAAGGAAAUGAAGCAACAAGAGCUGCAAUGGCGAUUUUAGCAGUUACCCUUUUCACAACAAGUGUUGCUUCUUCUUAUGCUAAUGCAGGCAUCAUUGAACAGUACCUUGAAAAGAGUAAAGUUAACAAGGAAUUAAAUGACAGGAAGAGAUUGGCUACAAGUGGAGCAAACUUUGCUAGAGCUUACACUGUUGAAUUUGGCACCUGCAAAUUUCCUGAGAACUUCACUGGCUGCCAAGAUCUUGCCAAGCAGAAGAAAGUGCCAUUCAUCUCUGAUGAUUUGCAGUUGGAGUGUGAAGGGAAGGAUAAGUACAAGUGUGGUUCCAAUGUUUUUUGGAAAUGGUGAAGAGGGAAAACUCUGAUAAUAUUUUUAUCUAUUAAUUUUCACCAUGUAUGUGGUUUCAUAUUAAUGGAAGCUUACAUCUCUUUGUUUAGAAA